CCCAGCCUUCCGUAGCCAUUUUGGCUCAAGCAUUGCGGCUCAGGCUUCUGUAGUGCAAUCCGCAUACACAUACACGUUGUAUAUCGCACACGCAGGCAAUCUCCUCUUGUGCCGUUCCGUCGGAUGGCAGUCAAGAAGGCAUGCCUGACCUUGCGCUGGGUGGUGCCGCUUCUCUGCAGCCUACCCACCGCGACUUCCAUCAGCGCGGGAGUGAACAUCAGCACCCAUGAGACUCUCCGCACGGAGGCUGAGCGAUCGGCGUUCACGGUCGACUGCACAGGUCGCACUUACAACAACCAGGUGGCAUAUUGCCAGUCGCAGGGAUUGUCCAUCGCCAGUAUCCACAACAAUGCCGAUAACAACGCGGUCUUGAGCUUGCUUCAAUCUCAGGGAUGCAGCGCGUACAUCGGCGCUGAGUCCAACGGAGCCGGCACCUGGUCGUGGAGAGACGGCACACCAUGGGAUUACGUCAGUCCGCUGAACGACGGGCUCACUGGUUACAGCGAGACAAAGAUUGCGUACCUUUCUGACGGUUGGUGGCACGAUUGGCAAACGGGGAAUUCUAUUCACGGUGUGGUGUGCCAGGGCGUAGCGUCAACGCCCAGCCCGACGCCCUACCCGACGCCUUACCCGACGCCAUACCCGACACCCUACCCCACGCCCUACCCGACGCCUUACCCGACGCCCUACCCGACGCCGAAGCCGACGCCGAAGCCGACGCCGAACCCGACGCCGAACCCGACGCCGAGCCCGACGCCGAGCCCGACGCCGUACCCGACGCCGUACCCGACGCCGUACCCGACGCCGUACCCGACGCCCUUCCCGACUUCUUUCCCGACGGCCUUCCCGACGCCCUUCCCGACGCCCUUCCCGACGCCCUUCCCGACGCCCUUCCCGACGCCCUUCCCGACGGCCUUCCCGACGCCCUUCCCGACGCCCUUCCCGACGCCCUUCCCGACGGCCUUCCCGACGUCCUUCCCGACGCCUUUCCCCACGCUUUUCCCCACGGCAUACCCGACGGCCUUCCCGACGCCCAGCCCGACUCCUAGCCCGACGUAUCCUCCUGGUUGGCCGACUCCACAUCCGACGUUUCCGCCUGCAGCUCCCAUGGCGGGCGGAGCUAGCGCCGGCGUGGCUGCCACUGGCGACCCCCACCUUCAAAACCUUCAUGGUGAGCGGUUCGACUUGAUGAAGGCGGGGAAACACGUUUUGAUAAGCAUCCCUCGUGGAAUGGGCGCUGAAGACGCAUUGCUUCGUGUGCAGGCCGAUGCGCGCCGGUUGGGUGACCACUGUGCGGAAAUUAUUGCAUGUACUUCCAAGAAGUGAACAUCACAGGAUUUUGGGCAGAGGCCAAACAAGUGGGAGGGUAUCAUUACCGCGCAUUUCAAAGUCCAGUCGAGAUUCCGCAGUGGGUUGCGUUUGGUCCGGUUCAGCUGAAAGUCGUUCAUGGACGUACUGACGGUGGCCAUUUGUAUUUAAAUGUCUACGCGAAGCAUUUGGGACGAGCAGGGUUUGCCGUUGGAGGUCUGCUGGGGGAGGACGACCACGAAGACGUAAUGCAUUCCCCAGCGGCAUGUGCGGAGCGUGUGUCUCUUUCGCGCGUCCAGUCGGAAGCGCACGGCCCUGACCCCACUAGGGCCUUAGAUGGUGUAGCGACCUUCGCCUGACGGGGCCGUAGUUACCGCGCUGAUGUUUCUGUUAUUGGGCCUCCUAAAACAAGUUUUCUGGUACCAGAUCAUGGCUCUACGGCCCUCGGAGCCGAACGACUUCUGCCCCGUACCGUGUUGGAGCGGGACCUGAACGGAGUCCAGACAUGUGCAUGGGCGCCGUUCUCGUACAG